AUGCCAGUGAUGACAGAAGUGAGACACUCUCACGACGACCAGUUCUGCAGUACAUGGGGAAACUACCAUUUCAGGACUUUCGAUGGAGAUUUCUUCCAGCUUCCUUUCACUUGCAACUACAUCCUCGCAUCCCAGUGUAAAGGCAGCUAUGAGGAUUUCAAUAUUCAGCUCCAGCGACAGGAGAUACAUGGGGUCAUCACCAUCAAGACGGUCACUAUGAAACUUGAGGGGAUUGUUGUGGAAUUAGCCAACACUUCCAUCAAAGUUGAUGAUAACCUUGUCGCUAUACCAUUCAGCCAAGAUGGCAUUUCAAUUGAAAGAAGUGCUUCAUAUGUCAAAAUCCAGGCAAAGCUGGGUUUGGUCAUCAUGUGGAAUCAAGAAGACUCCCUCUGGGUUGAGCUGGAUGCAAAAUUCAAGAAUCAGACAUGUGGCCUGUGUGGUGACUUCAACGGAGUCCAGAUUUAUGAUGAGUUCAUCAGAGCAGGGGAUUCUGUUACUCCUGAGGAUUACGGGGAGGUCUGGAAAGUCAAUGGUCCCACUGAAAACUGUGAAGAAAUCUCUACAGCUACAAAGACCUGUGCAGACCAGAAAGACCUCUGCAAGAACCUGCUGUCAGGACCUGCCUUCCUCAGCUGUCAAAACCUGAUUGAUACUGACUCCUUUAUCAAAGCCUGUGCAAAGGAUUUGUGCCAUUGUAAGAGCAACAGCACUUCAUGCUUGUGUUCGACCAUCUCAGAGUACUCCCGUCAGUGUGCUCACACAGGCGGGAAACCACAGCAAUGGAAAACCACGCAACUAUGUGCAAGAACAUGCCCCUUCAACAUGGAGUACAAAGAAUGUGGUAGUCCCUGUACUGACACCUGCAGCAACCCCCAGAGAAGCCAAAUGUGUGAGGAUCACUGUAUAGAUGGAUGCUUCUGUCCACCCGGGACUGUCUUUGAUGACAUUACACAAAGUGGGUGUGAUGCUGUCAACCAGUGCUCCUGCUUACACAAUGGCAAGCCAUACAAUCCAGGGGAAACAUACUCAAGGGCAUGUCAUGAAUGCACCUGUACUAAGGGUGAGUGGAGCUGCAAGGAUAUGAACUGUCCUGGUAUCUGCUCCAUACUGGGGGGCUCCCACAUCUCCACCUAUGAUGACAAAACAUAUACUUUCCAUGGAGACUGCUCUUAUGUCCUCUCCAAGGUUAGAAAUUCAAACUAUUUCACUGUCCUUGGUGACCUGGUCAGAUGUGAAAAAUCAGACAAAUCAACUUGCCUGUCUGCAGUCACUCUAAUGCUGCCAAAACACACGCAGAUGAUUGUAGUUGAAGCCAACGGACAGGUCUUUUAUAACAAAUUGGUCUCUCAACUGCCUUUUUUCAUGGAUGACAUAACAGUCUUCAGCCCAUCGACAUUCUUCAUUGUUAUCCACACCACCUAUGGGCUUGAUCUUGAGAUUCAGCUCACACCCGUUAUGCAGAUCUACAUCAAAGCCAGUGUGUCCAAUAAGGGAAAACUCAAUGGCCUUUGUGGAGAUUUUAAUGAUGUUGGGGCUGACGACUUCAGAACCACAAAUGGAUUGAUUGAGGGAACGGCUGGGACAUUUGCCAACACAUGGAAGACCAAAUCAAGCUGCCCCGAUGUGACAAAUAUACUAGGGGACCCCUGCAUUUUGAGCGUAGACAAGGAGAAAUACGCCAAACACUGGUGCUCCUUGCUGUCAGACCCAAAAGGGAUUUUUGCCAAGUGCCAUUCUGAAAUAAACCCAGAAAACUAUCAAGCUUUUUGUAUUUAUGAUACUUGCGCCUGUGAAAACAGUGAGGAGUGCAUGUGUGCUGCCAUAUCGUCCUAUGUCCAUGCAUGUGCUGCUGAAGGUGUCUUACUGAAUGGAUGGAGGGACACCACGUGCCAGAAAUACACAAGGGCCUGCCCUUCUACUUUGGUGUACGACUACCAGAUGAAAAGCUGUGGUCGCACCUGUCGCUCUCUUAGUCAGUCAGACCUAACAUGUGAGGUUGAAAUUACUCCACUUGAUGGCUGUGGCUGUGCUGAAGGAACUUACCUAAAUGAGAAGGGGGAGUGUGUAUCAGCCUCACAAUGUGCUUGUCAUAUGGGAGACACAGUGGUGCGGCCCAGGCACGUCAUCAGGGUCCAUGGACAAACUUGCUCCUGCCAUGCAUGCGCCAGUCCAAUGGUUUUCUUCAGCUGCUCCAAUGCAAAGCCAGGUGACAAGGGAUCAGAGUGCCAAAAAAGCUGUCAGACUCUGGACACAGAAUGUGUCAACACACAGUGUAUCUCGGGCUGUGUAUGUCCUGCUGGUCUGAUGGCAGAUGGUAAAGGAGGCUGUGUUGAGGAGAAGGACUGUCCCUGCCCACAUAAUGGACAAUUUUAUAAUUCUGGACAGACUCUCACUGUGGACUGCAACACCUGCACCUGCAAAAACAGUAAAUGGAAUUGUACACAUCAUGAAUGUGGUGGAACCUGUACCAUAUAUGGAGAAGGGCAUUACAUCACUUUUGAUGAAAAGGAAUUCUCCUUUAAAGGGGGCUGUGGUUACAUCUUCUCGCAGGAUUAUUGUGGGGAUGAUAUGAAUGGCACCUUCAGGGUCGUGACUGAGAGCAUCCCAUGUGGAACAACUGAAAGCAUCUGCUCCACUGUUAUCAAGCUCUACUUAGGGAACAAAGAAAUUGUUCUUUCAGAAGAAAAUGUCAGAGUUAUUGAGCAAAGCAAAGGGGUGGACAUACCCUAUCACAUCAGCACUAUAGGUACAUAUCUUGUCAUUGAGGCAAAGAAUGGCCUUGUUGUCAUCUGGAAUAAAAAGACAACACUGAUGAUCACACUCAGCUCCACAUUCAAGGGCAGAGUCUGUGGUCUGUGUGGGAAUUAUGAUGGGAACAUCAAGAAUGAUUUCACCACCAGAAACAAAGAAGUUGUGGUUGAAGCCCUUGAGUUUGGGAACAGCUGGAAAGUGUCGCCUACCUGUCCUAAUGCAGACAAGCUAAAAAAUCCCUGCAGUCUGUACUCACACAGGCAGGCCUGGGCAUUAAAACACUGCAGCAUUAUCAAUAAUGAAGUAUUUGCUGAGUGCCAUUCAAAGGUGGAUCCCCAAAGCUUUUAUGAUGCCUGUGUGAAAGACACAUGCGCCUGCAAUACAGGGGGAGAUUGUGAGUGUUUCUGCUCAGCAGUAGCAGUCUACGCAGCAGUCUGUAAAAAGGCCGGGGCCUGCGUGAAAUGGAGGACUCCCACAAUUUGCCCUCUAUUCUGUGAUUUUUACAACCCUGAUGGAGAGUGUGAAUGGCACUAUGAGCCUUGUGGAAAACCUUGCAUGAAGACAUGCAGGAAUCCCUCAGGAAUAUGCUACAAUCAAAUCCCAGCAUUAGAAGGGUGCUAUCCAAGAUGCCCACCUGAAAGACCUUAUGUGAGAGAACCUACCAUGGAGUGUGUAUCAAAGGAGAAAUGUGGCUGCUAUGAUGAUGAAGGAAAACAUUACAAAGAUGGGGAAUUCAUGCCUCCAAAGGAAAACUGUCACAACUGUUACAUCUUCACCAACAACUACAACAGAAAGGUCCUCCACAACGUCAGUAACAACUACAGAAAAGCCCAGCACUAG